GGAUGAAAUUCAUUUUACACAAAAACUGUGUUCGCAAGUGUCAUAUUUUGUGAUACGCAUUGGUAAUACUUUGACUUAAAAUGAGAAAUUAAAGACUCUUCUAUCUUGUUUGACAUCUCUAGUCUUUUCUAAACCGCGAAACUUUGCACUAAAUUUUACUAGAGAAACAAAGAUACAUUUAGUAAGGAAAUGGACAAACACCAAAAGACCAUGGCAAUCGUUAACUCCACGAUUACUUCCAACCCUACGGCUACCAAUACGAAGCGAGAGUUUCAUAGCGACAAAGGGUCUACAUAUUGGCUACCAAAGGAUGAAGAAGAGCAGAUGAGACUUACAGGACAACACUAUGCUUUCAAGAGUCUAUUCGAAGGGAAUGUGUUACCAAGCGUAACAAGUGCUUUAGACUUUCAAAAGGGAAUCAACGUCCUUGAUGUAGGAUGUGGAUCUGGCGUGUGGAUUAUGGACAUGGUACAAGAAUAUCCUAAUUGUACCUACCAAGGCUGUGAUAUUGCUGAUACAAGAGACAAGAGCAUGGAUGUAAACCGAUAUACCUUUAGCAAAGGAAACGUAGCCAAUAAGCUCCCAUAUGAAGAUAAUACAUUUGACUUUGUUCAUAUGAGAUUCCUUGUCCUUGCACUUCGUGAAGAUGAAUGGCCAGCAGCUAUAAAGGAACUGAUACGUGUUACUAAGCCAGGAGGCAUGAUACAAUUGGUAGAUUUUGAAUUACAUAUGCCCAAAGAUCCUUCCAACUACUUUUAUAAGGUCAUGUCGGCUACUAAAGAGAUUUGCGACUCUAGAGGACAGAAUCCAUAUAUAGGAGCCGAAUUAAAAGAUAUGCUGUCAAAACAGUAUAGCGUCAAAGUUGUUCAAUAUGAUUCUAAAGAUUGUGACAUGAGUUCUGGCACGCCUCCAGCGAAAAUGUUUGUCUGGAGUGCCGUGCAAGCGUUCAAAAGUACUCAACCUGUAUUAGGCCCAAUGUUGGGAAUAAAUACUCCAGAACAGUUAGACGACUUCUUGAGAGAAUACAAGCAUAGUUUGGAAACCAAAGAGAGCAUAUAUAGAUUUCAUUGUGUUGAUUUGGGUACAUAUUCAUCAUAAUCAAUAACUUUCAACAAUAUCAGAAAGAGGGCAUCAUCAG